AUUUUUAGCGCAUCAUUAAGAAACGGAUUUUUAUAUACUUUAAAUGGCCAACAGUCAAAAAUCUCUGAUCGAUUUUUCCUCGGUGGAGCUCAAUCAAUACGAGGAUUCAAAUUAAAUGGCAUUGGACCGAGAGAAGACAAAAAGGAUUCUCUGGGUGGAGAUCUUUAUAUAGCAGGAGGUGCGAGUCUGUUUACUCCUCUUCCAAGGUUAAGUAAAUACCCUGUUAAGG